AUGCUCGGGCGUCGAGAGCAUGGUACUUACUCGCGCCACACCCAUCCACGAAUCAUCAACCUAAUCUUAGCCACCUCCGGCUCCAGCUGUGACAGCCGUUUUCAGGUUACACUGGCGGGUUUCCAGAAGUCUACCGGCCUGUACUCGACGGAAAAAGAGACUCCAGACAAUCAACAUGCGACCACCAUCGCCCCAACACCAGACUUCUCAGCACCUCAAGUUGUACCCGGCCAGUUCAGUCUAUACCCUCAAGCCGGCCGGCCAAUGUCUCCUUCAUCACACGGCGGGACUACCCUCGCCUCGCCUCACGUAAGACCUUAUGGGUUCAAGGAGCACGUCGAUCCAUCUGAUGCGCCCGAGAAUGCUCCUGAGCCAGUAGUCCCACCGCCAAAGGAGGAGAGGAAGUGUGGGUUGAAGAAGCGGACGUUUUUUAUCCUUCUCGGAGUCAUUAUUCUCGCCAUCGUCGGCCUCGCUCUAGGUCUCGGUUUGGGCCUCGGCCUUAAAAACAAUGAUUCAGACAGCCCAGCCGAUCCUUUUUGUCGCAAAAACCCGGAAUUAUGCAUUGGCGGCGCUCUCAGCGCCAAGUACGUGUCUAAGAAGGGCGCCUUCAACGGCACUGGCAUUGCGCUUGCUGGAGAAUCGUGGAAUCAAGGCCAACGUAAAAUCUUUACUUUGUACUUUCAGCACUAUUCAGGCGACAUUCGUUUUAUGCAGUACGGCACUGAUCAAAAGUGGAUUGGUGGCACAAAAGCCCAGACUGUAGCCAGCGGCGUAAAAGACGCAUCGCCCAUAUCCGCUGUGGCCUUUGCGAUCAACUCCACACAAUAUGUUGACCGCAACAACACCAUCAGACAAGUAACCCAAGACAACAUUACUGACAUCUGGCAAGGGGGUUCCCUCAACGACCUCAACCUCAAAGCUUUUGACUCACCCACCACGGGCCUGCAAGCCUGCUGGAAAGGCAACUUUUACGGCGACGAAGACUACACCAAGUUUCCAACCGCAUCGGGCCUCAACAACACCAAGCCAUUUGAGAACUCACAAGGAAUGAAUCUCUGGUUCGCGACCGACGACUCGACAUUUGCGCAAUACGCAUGGUACAGCGGGCGCCAGGACGACACAUGGGUCUCUAUCAAGCCAUGGCCGGGCUUCAACGGCCACGCAGGUGUAGGUUGCUACUCCUGGGGCGAAGGCACAACCACGUACGCCAUGAUGGCCAACAAAAACAACGCCGUAGAAUUCUGGUGGAAAGACACAAACGUCAGCCUACCCUCGACCGAAACCCACCCCAUCAACUCGUGGCAAAACGCCUCCAACGCCGCAAUCGGAAACGUAUACCCCAUCACCUCGCUCGGCUACACCACCUACUUCUACGCCCAAAUGGCCGACCGCACAAUCCAGGGCUACAACGUCACGUAUGCGGGCGAAAACACCACCUUCGUCGAAGACGAGACGUUUGCCAUUACGGAUCCGGCGGGGCCCGUAAAAGCGCUCGGAGGCACCCACAUGACGGUUACGGCCUACAAGGAUACGCAUGGCCCCGAACCCUGGGAUAGUUUGUACGUGUUUUUUCAGACGGCCGGAGACGACAUUACGGCUUUUACGAGGGGCUUGACGGGCGGGCAGUGGACGGGUGCACAGUUGAAUAUUCCCGACGAGUAA